UUGGCCGAGCCCCUCGGACAAGUCUCUGUCUGGAAAGAAAACUUUCCCCUGAACAAUGACGAAACCUUGCGCUCCCCAGAAGCCAGUCAGGAACAGUUUGAUAGAUGAUGCUAAGGCCUGCUUGAGAAAGCAUGAUGUUGGGACCAAAUAUUCUCACUUGUCGUAUAACAAAUGUUCCAUCCUUUUGCCAUUGUUGGUUAAAGAGGGAAAACUCCAUCUGUUGUUCACCCUCCGGUCAGAGAAGCUAAGAAGGUCACCUGGAGAAGUUUGCUUCCCCGGAGGAAAGAGUGAGCCAGCAGACGAGGAUGACAUAGCCACGGCUCUCCGGGAAGCCCAGGAGGAGGUGGGGCUGCAUCCUCAUCAAGUGGAGGUCGUCUGCCGCCUGGUGCCAUAUCUGAUUGAUAGAGAUACAUUAAUAACCCCAGUUGUGGGUUUUAUAGACCACAAUUUCCAGGCCCAGCCGAAUCCCGACGAAGUUAAGGCCGUGUUCCUGGUGCCUCUGGACUAUUUCCUGAGCCCUCGUGUCUACCACCAGCACCACGUCACGCGUCAUGGCCACCAUUUUGUCAGCCAUCACUUUGUGUACACAAACCCUGAGGAUGAUGUGACUUACCACAUCAGGGCUAUAACUGCACGUUUUGCUGUGUUGGUUGCCUUAAUUAUUUUGAGGAAGAAACCCACCUUUGAGGUUGAAUUUAAUCUCAAUGAUUUAAUAUCAUCCUCUGAAGAGUCUUUCCUGAAGCUUUAUAAAAAUGCUACAAGCAAGUUAUGAUUUAUGAGACCAACUUACAAAUAACUAUCCAGGAGGUUUUUGUGUGUGCUUACCCACAGAACGAUGAUAAUGCCAGCUGGUGGAAUUUGACAGAUGUGAAUAUUUUCUCUGUAAUAAGAAGAUAAAAAUCUUCCCUUUUUUCCAGUUGCCUUCUAUUAUCUGAAAGAGCAAAACAGUUUCAAAAGUAGAAAAAUGUGUUUCUAGUAUUAAAAAAUGUCACCCACGAUUUGUUAACAGCAUUUUUCUUAUGCAUAUAAGAGAGUAUCUGGCACAUAGUAGGUACUUAACAAAUACUUGUUGAAUAUAUGGCCAUGUGGCAUUUCCCUUAUUAGGAAGAAGCAAUAUCUUUUUCUCUCUGUUGUUACAUGUGACAGAAACUUGUGGCCAGCCAUCAAAACCUAUCUUCCCUUUCUUCCAUGGCAGUAGAAUUUAAUUUGGGUUCAUAGUUCCCCAGAUAGAAAUAGCAUUAUUAAGGACCCUGUGUCAUGAAAUUUGACUCUGGGGCUUAGUUUAGGCCAGUGGGACAUAGUUCAAAGUUGACCUUGCAGAUCAUCUUCCAUUUAAGAGAUAUGCCAGUUUCCCUGGAGUUGCUCUGGUUCCCCUUUCUUUAAGCUGCAACAUGGACUUGUUUGCAACCCAGCCCGGACCAUAUAAAUAAGGAUGAUCUCUGGGGAAUGGCAGAACCGAAAGAUGGUAAGAGCGUGGAUCUCUGAAUGACUGGAGCAAAGCAAUCCACCAACCUGGGCCCUUUACUUGGGACUGUUACAUGAGAGAAUAGUAAAAUUCUGUCAUCCUUCUGCCACUGUAAUUUGGGGUCACUUUUUUACAGCAAAUCUAUAGUUCUAAAUAAUAUACCCUAAUGCUUGAAAAUGGCUAGAUGGAUAUUCACUGAAACUUGAGGUGUAGCAAACAGAAUUCGGGAUGAUCUAACACUUCACAUGUGAGUUUUGUGGCACCCUUGGGCAUGGUGGAGUUUGGAGGUCAUCUUUCAGAGCAGCUGAAAUUGAGGAAUGUGAGAGGCCCAUAUGCCUUCCAACUGAGAGAGAGAGUGACAUAUGUCUCAAGAUGAUGAGGGCAGAAAAACACUGAUUUGAAGCACAAGCCCCAAAUUGAAGGUUAAAAAGACAAAUAUUCUGAAUUGCACACCUGGAGGCCUACCACUUCUUAUGUGGACAUCUCCAGGUAUUGUUAUUUAGAGUUAGCAGAGACUUCUUUGUUGAAGUAUGAUAUUAACCAUCCUGAAAAAAGUCAGGGAGGCCAGUGACUAAAGCAACAUAACCACAGUUCUGUAAUGGCAAUUUCACAUCUUACUGGGUGCUGUUAUUAGACUUUUGGGAAGACAAGCCAUUUUUAAUAAGUUUGUUAUAGUUGAAAAUGUGAUGGCCUCCCUGAACCCAUCAAUCAGCUGUGCAACUGUCCGCUGC